UCACUGAAAGCAUGCCUGUUUGUUAUGGGUUUGCCGGUAGAUCGCCAGUACGAUAGAAACGAAGCAUUUUCUGCACAAAAUCAAUAUUUUACGAAUAUUUUAAAAUGUUUUACAUUAUUGGACUUGGUCUUGGUGAUCCGGAGGACAUCACCGUGAAAGGGCUGAACAUAAUCAAACAGUGCGAACGCGUUUAUUUAGAAUCGUACACGUCGGUGCUGUGCUGUGGACAGGAGAAAUUGGAAGAAUUCUACGGCAGAAAACUCAUUCUAGCUGAUCGAGAAAUGGUCGAGCAACGGGCCGAUGACAUCUUGGAGGGAGCGGAAAGUGUAUCGGUAGCGUUCUUGGUCGUCGGUGAUCCGUUUGGCGCUACCACGCACACCGACCUGACGCUUCGAGCGAAGGAAAAAGGCAUCAAAACAUCGAUCGUUCACAAUGCUUCAAUUAUGAAUGCCGUGGGUUGCUGUGGACUGCAGUUGUAUCAUUUCGGUGAAACUGUGUCCAUUCCAUACUGGGACGAUAGCUGGAAGCCGGACAGUUUUUACGAUAAAAUCGUUGCCAAUCUGAAACACGGACUGCACACACUGUGCCUUUUAGAUAUCAAAGUAAAGGAACCAACGUUAGAAUCGUUGAUGAAGAAAAAGCGCGAAUACAUGCCGCCACGGUUUAUGUCCGUUAGCGAAGCGGCAGACCAGUUGCUACAGAUUGUCGCCAAGAAGUCGGAUGCAGAAGCUGGCGUUCAGCCUGACCAGCAAAACGAACACGGGCUACGUGAAAACACGCUUAUUGUCGGUCUUGCGCGAGUGGGCCAUGACACACAGCAAAUUCUAGCAUGUUCGCUUAGCGAAAUGAGAAACGUCGACCUAGGACCACCGUUACAUUCGCUUAUCAUUCCCAAUGGGCAGCUUCAUCCGUUGGAAAUGGAAUUUCUGCAGCAGUUCGCCGAACUAAAGCAACAAAUAUUGUGAAUCAUCGCGAUGGUUUUUUGAAAUGUAACAAAAUGCCGCGUCAUUUCCGCUUUGUGGAACAGUUGUUGGAAAAUAAAAAGAAAAAAAAGUCUAUGUAAAUAGCUACGUACGUAAAAGCUACAUAAGCCAUUUACCAUUUCAUGCUGUGUUACGGGUCUGUCGGGCAACAAAAAGUUGUUAAUCAUAUGGCGGUGAGAUUUAAUCGCCAGCAGCCAUACCACAGACUAGCUGGGGCCACCUAAGUUGACACCAGGACGGUCAAAGUUCAAGGGUACGAUUUGUUUGGUUCCUUGUCUUAUGAUUACCUACCUCCUUAAGGUGUGGCGUGCUGGAUCGCAUAAAAUUUGAAUCCACCUUCAGUUCAAUGACUUUUGAUUGGCGUUUGCAUGCGUAGCGUGUCCUUGAAAUUCUUUCUCCGUAGGAUUGUUAAUUCGUCUGGAUGUUUAUAGGAAAACUGGCAACAAGCUAUAUUAUAAUCAUUUAAACAUGUGAAACGGAAACGUAAAUAAUUUGUUUCAUUAUUUUCACUAAUAUUCAAACAUAAAAGAAUAAAAACAAAAAAGUCAUCGAA